AUCGUUAUCGUUAUCGGCGCGGUCACCCUGGUUGCGCUAUAAUCAAGCGUUGUUUGUUGUUGGCCAUUUUGCAGUGAAAAAUAGUGAACCCGCACACCAAACUCCGCGUAGCCGUGUAGACCACACAAAUCCAGUCCAAGCAGCACUCACAAAAUCUUAAAAGAUGUCAGCUAAGCGCAAAGCAGGUGGCAAUGGAGCCGGGCCCAACAAGCGACGACCCAAGAAGAAGGAGUCCGACUACGAAGAUGACUUCAGCGACGAGUCGGAUGAUGGCGGCGCUCAGCAGGCGGCUGCCGCCGCCAACCAGAUGGAGGUGCUCAUUCCCCACGACGACCUGGAUCCGCCCAGCAAGCUGCCGGAAGAUUUGCUGGCUACGCUGGAGAAGACACCCGGGCAGUUGCUGCUGGCCGGCAUGGUGACGUGGGACCUGACCGGCAAGCGAGACCGCAAGAAUGUCACAAAAGUGCGACCGAACUUGUACAGCUUCCAUCGGUUUACAGAAGAGAAGUAUCGGUACGUGGCCAGCGGACCAGCGGCCGCCCACACAAUUCUCAUCAAUAUGGAUCGUAAGGCGCUCGGCUUUGGUCGCAAUCCUAGCGGCCAGCUAGGCCUCAGCCAGGACAUUAAGCUGGUGGAGAAGCCAACUAUCAUUCCGGCCCUGGAGCAGCUAAACGUGGUACAGGCAGCCGUCGGCAGGCACCACACACUAUUCCUCACAGACACGGGAACAGUCUACGCCUGCGGUGAGAACAAGUCCGGUCAGUGUGGAGUGGGCAAUACCCAUGCCAAUAUCUACUCGCCAACGCCGAUAAAUUACCGAGGUCCGCCCAUCAUCCGCAUCGGGUGCGGAGCCGAGUUCUCCGUCAUUCUGGACAUCAAGGGAAACCUGCACACUUUCGGGCUGCCGGAAUACGGCCAGCUGGGCCACAAUACUGACGCCAAGUAUUUUGUGAAUGCCAACAAGCUCUCAUUCCACUUUGAAACGUCGCCCAAGAAGGUGGUCCUUUAUAUAGAGAAGAGCAAGGAGGGCCACGUGACUCCUGUGGAUGGUGUGCAGAUCGUGGACUUUGCCUGCGGCAACAACCACACGGUGGCCAUCGACUCGAAGAAAAGGGUGUACAGCUGGGGCUUUGGCGGCUUCGGGCGCCUCGGUCAUGCCGAGCCCAAGGACGAGAUGGUGCCCCGUCUAAUGAAGUUCUACGACACUCAGGGUCGAGGCGGCCGCAGUGUAUAUUGCGGCUCCACCUUCAGUUUGAUUGUGAACGAACUCGGCCUGCUCUUCCUGUUUGGCCAGAACAAGAAGACGGGCGAGGCCAACAUGUAUCCCAAGCCAGUGCAGGAUCUAUCCGGAUGGAAUAUUACCGACAUUGGCUGUGCCAAUACGUCGAUCAUGAUUUCGGCCGAUGAUACACUCAUCGCCUGGGGUGCCUCGCCCACAUUCGGUGAGCUCGGCAUCGGAGAGUUCCAGAAGUCGUCGACGGUGCCCAAGGAGGUGCCCAAGCUCGACAACAUAAAAAUACCUCAGGUUACAAUGGGAUACUCGCACACGGCUCUGCUUGUUGACACUAGCCACGAGGCCACCAAGCAGAAGUACGACAAGAUGCCUGAGUACAGCAUUGACGAUUAAAUUGAUGGCGAAAACAGCUUUUCCUCAAGCAAUCAUGCUGCCAAGAACAACAAUACUGCUCCACGAAAACUAUAAAAAACUACCAGAAACCCAGAGAACUGAUCAUCGAAACGCUGCUGCUACUUAUCGAAAAAAUCAACCAGCAACUUGUAUGCUAUAAGUUAAAAGUUAUUAUUACUCUCGCUAUCUAUCUAUCUAUAUGCGAUAAUCUCAGAAUACGAAUUAGUGAUGAUUUCGUUCCCAGCACCUAUAAAACUUAUUUAUUUUCGUAUCUGAUAAAAUUACCCAAAAUGUGUCCACCCCUUCCUCUUCUUUUUUAUUUAUUAUGCCGCCCACCUUUAGGCUUAAACUCGAUCCCACACAAACCGUACCAUAUGCAUAUUUUUACCCAAUUGUAUUUCUUUAAUAAGCUACAGUAUUCUGCAUUUUAUUCGAAAUGAGUGAACAAAGGCAACAAAAGCAUAAACUACAAUAAAAAAAUAUAAAUUAAACAAACUAAGCGCAUAGGUUACGUACAUAUAAAAAGUAUACCAUGGAACAAAUCCAAUACCAGUUGCAACUAUUAAAAAGUACAUCUUGCAUUUUAAUCAUA